AUGUGCGGUCACUCCGGGUCUACCGGCCCAGGAGCCGUGGCACCUGAAACCACCCUCUCACAUUCCCAAGCUUCUGAUACAGACGCGCCAAAUGAUGCUGCCGCAUCGUUGCGAGUUUUUGUCCCCCACUCCACAGUUAGCACGGCCGCGUUCGACCUUGUGAUAUCCGCCGCCUUGCCGCUGUCGAUCUUGCAUCACUCUCUACGGGUCUACCUCUUUGCGAACUGGUUGGCGGACAAGGAGAAGAGCGAAUGGGCGGACAGCGACCUGUUGUUUGUCGCAUGCAUGACGCAUGAUAUCGGGGCAUCCCACAAGCACGAUGGUCCGCAGCGGUUCGAGGUCGAAGGCGCGGAUGCCGGUGCCGAGCUGGUUCGGAGCCACAGUAAGUCGGAAGAAGAUGCGCACGAGGUGUGGACGGCUAUCGCUCUGCAUACCUCACCUGGUAUCGCGGAGCGCAUCACGCCAUUGGCUCGGCUGGUGAGGCUUGGUGUCCUGAUCGACUUCCGCCCGGCCACAAGAUCUUCUCUGGGCGCCGUGGAGUAUGCGAGGGACGUCGAGGCAAGGUUGCCCAGACUUGAAAUUGAAAAGGUCCUGGGCGAUGCGGUGGUUGGACAGGUAAUCAAGAACCCAGCCAAGGCGCCUGCCGCGUCGUGGCCGAAUAACCUCUACAAGUCACACCUGGAGAAUCCGCACUGGGACGGUAUCAAUCGAGCAUUUUAA